UUUACUCUUAUCGAGUAUAUUUAGUUUUAGAAGUGAGCAUACAAGGAAGUUGGUUUAAAUUUGUAAAAUUUAGCAAAAAGAUUGAUUUUAUGUUAUAUUUGCAAGUGAAAUGAGCAACAUUUUUCAGAAAACGGAUAAUAAAAACAUACAUCUGACGCAGUUGUUGGUAUUUAAACUGGUUUAGGUUGCACAUGUAAAAUAUGAAGUAAAAACGCUUAUGGAAUUCGCGAAAUCAGUGUGAAAUGUGCUUAGAGGAAAAUGCUGUUGGAAGUUGCGAUACAUGUGGGCCUGUCGGUGAAGCUUGCUUGCGUAUUCAUCAGAAAGGAAGGUUAUUUCGAACUCACACCACCAAGGUGUUGAACAAGGAAAUCCAAGCAGCAAUUAGGAUUGACAUUACUGAAGAGCGAUGUAAGAAACAUCCGACGGAAAGAGCUAUCUUUCUUUGUAAAACUCACGAAUCGAUGAUUUGUGGAAGUUGCCUUCAUUCUGAGCAUCCAUCUUGCGUGCAGGAAGUCGUUGAUAUGCUGAAUGAAGAUAUUAAAAUUGACUGCGAUAAAGUCAACACAAUGAAAUCACUUUUCAAUGAGUUAAAAGAUGAAAUUUUGCUGUUGAAAGUUGGUGCAGAACACAGUAAGGAGAAUUACAAGAAUAAUGCUGAUAAAUGCGUGCAAGAAUGUAUGGAAUUAGGCAAUAUAAUUAAACAACGUGUUGAUGAAUUGACAAGUAAUAUUAGAGACGGAAUAGCAAUGAGACAUUCCAAAAACGUCAGAGCCCAUUCCCGUAUUAGUGAAACGUGUGAUGAGAAAAGCAAGUGGUGUGUCAAUGAAGAAAAUAAGAUUGAUGAUUUUGUUGACAAUAAUAUGGCUGGUUACUUGUACCUAAUGGGAAGACAUUUUGAGAAAGAUAUUUCGAACGCUAGAUCCGACCUCGAAGAAAUCAAAAGCAAAUACAUUUUAAAAGGGAUUGACUUUAAACAAAACAAAGUUAUACUUAAUUGUUUGUUCGAGGACUUGGAGGAAGUUUGUGAACAACAUGAAGAAGUAACUGGAAGUGACGAUGGAAAUACCGACGAUGUUGUCGCACCACCUACAAAAAUAAGCAAGACACGGCGGGAGCUUACUGCACUGUUGAAUCAAGCCAAACACAAUUUGGAUACAUCAGAAAAGACAAAGAAGGAAAUGCGAGAUGAGCUGAAAGGUGUCAAACAAGACCUUUAUUAUUCAGAACAGACAAGAAAGCAGUUCGCGGAAGAGUCACUGAAAGCGAAACAGGACAUAGUGAAAUCUGAAAAGACAAGAAAGCAGUUCGAACAAGAGUUAUCGAAAGCAAACCAGGACAUAGAGAAAUAUGAAAAGACAAGAAUGCAGUUCGAACAAGAGUUACUGAAAGCGAAACAGGACAUAGAGAAAUAUGAAAAGAUAGAAAGAUCCGACCCGAGGGUACCUGCUUUGCCAGAUAAUGCCCAACCUCAUACUGCGGCGACCACUCAGGUUGAGAUUAGCGUCCUAGGACUGGUGGGUCUUCCACAUCCGCCGUACUCACCUGACCUGGCCCCGUUCGACUUUGCUAUAUUCCCGGAGUCCCACCUCAAAGGUCCCCGAUUUGAAAGUUUACGGGAGCUACAGACGGAUGCAAACGCAUUGAUACACCAGUAA